AGGGAGGCGCGGCUCAUUGCGUCAUCUCUCCGCGACCGCGUGGCUCUCAGCAGCAGCAGCAGCAGCAGCAGCCGCCGCCGCCGCCGUGGAGGACAAACAGCAUGGGACACCUUGGAGGUUUCUUUCUCCUGCUCGUGUCGGUUCACAGUCCGGGUGCUGCGGGUCACUAUCUGCCCGCCUGCCACGAGCAGCUGGAGUUCAGGUGCGGCGAUGGCUCGUGCAUCCCGAGGCCGAGGUCGUGUGACGGACGUGCGGACUGUGAGGACGGUUCAGAUGAACGACACUGCAGUCAUGUGUGGUGUAAGAACGAUGAAUUUGCCUGCAGCAGCAGCAGGCGGUGCAUAUCUUUAAGUUUCGUAUGCAACGGCGUGGACGACUGUGGCGACGGGAGCGAUGAAGAUUCCUGCCAGAACUGCACCGCCGGGGUCUUCUCCUGCGGCGCGUUUGACGUUUGCCUGCCUAGACACAAGCUUUGUGAUGGACGGACGGACUGCAAGGAUGGGCGGGACGAGACCCAGGAGUCGUGUGAGCUGACCCGGCCGCGCCCCCAGACUUUUCCAAAAUGCGCAGCGGCUGAGUUUCCCUGUGGGAACGGGCAGUGCAUCCGCCAGACCUGGAGGUGUGACCACUCACCCGACUGCUCUGACGGCAGCGAUGAGGACAACUGUGAUCAGAACGAGUGUCGGGUGAAUAAUGGAGGCUGUUCUCAUAGCUGCGAGGACCAGCCGAUGGGUUUCCUCUGCCGCUGCCCUGAGAACAUGCGGCUGGUCGGGGACAGUCAGUGUGAGGAGGUUGACGCAUGCCUGGAGAUAGAUGUGUGUGACCAGCUGUGUGAUCUUGUGAACGGCAGCCUUGCCUGUGACUGUCACGAGGGCUACAGCGUGAAUCCGACAACCAGCGAGUGCAAAGCCAGGGGAGACGAGGCCCAGCUCGGUUUCACUUCUUCUCAAGGAGUGCAACUGAUGAGUAUCACUGGCACAGAGUACCGGGAACUGGCCCCACAUUUAUCAGGACCGGGGCCCAUGGCGGCCUUGGCCUCCAACAACACACUGUACUGGGCGCGACAAGGACGAGGCUCCAUCUACAGGGUCUCCAUGGAUGGAAAGCCACAGGACGCCACGUUAGUGCUGAAAGUGAAGGGUUCUGUGUCGGGCUUGGCUGUGGACUGGAUCCACCAGCUCCUCUACUGGACCUGUGUGGAGAGUGGUUCUGUUUACGUCGGCCCGCUGGACGGUCUGACACAGCGUCGGCUCAUCGCAGGGCUGGACAAACCUUCUGCUGUGGCUGUGGAGCCUCUUCAAGGGUUGCUCUUCUGGGCUCAAUGUGGCAGCUUUCCAAAGAUCGAGAGAGCUGGCUUGGACGGCAGAGACACAGUUGCCCUGGUCACUUCCUCAAUACACUGCCCGGUUGCCCUCUCUUUGGAUUUACCUCGUCGGCUGCUGUACUGGGUCGACCAGGGAAUGAGGAGCAUCUCCAGAGUAAAUCUAGAAGGUCGUGACCGUAAAACAGUAGUGGAGUCAAACGGCUACCUGGACCGACCAUUUGGACUGGCUUUGUUUGAGGGUUUUGUAUAUUGGAGUGAAGAAGUUACGCGCUCCAUCUGCCGAGCAAACAAGCACAAUGGCAGCCAACUUCAAACACUGCUGACGAAUUUGACCUCACCGGGCGGAGUGGUCGUCGUUCAGCCUGUCCUUCAACCAAAUGGGCCGUCAGUGUGCGGACGUCCUGGGGAGGUGUGUCGGCACGAGUGCGCGGUCCACCUGCAGUCCGAGAGUCCAGAGUUCACCUGCAUUUUUCCCGAAAUGGGACAAAAUGAAUCUCAAGAAACUCCUGCUAUCUCUCGCACAGUUCAUGCUUCCAGUUUGUCCGACCCUACAUUUGCUGGAGUCCUCUCUCUGAUCAUAUUUCUCAGUUUGCUGCUGGUGGGAAUGGCCGUGUGGUGGUGGAGAGAGGAUUUCAGGCCAUCCAGGUCUCUCGCUGUGCAGAGUUUCUCCCUCAAAGAGUCUCGGGACCCGCUCAUCGUCCAGGGGCCACCUGUGGAUCCAAACUCGUGUCAGUAUCUGAAGGAAACUCUGCUUAAGCUGGACUUGGAUGGGGAAUGAAGAAAGUGUGACACAGAGACUGCCAGCAGACUGGAGCUUCACCUGGUGCAUCUCAAACCCCUCGACAGAACGACGAGACGACACAAACCCAGCUGAUCGCCCCAUCGUGUCUCUGGAGGUUCAAUCUCCGAAGAGGUGACUUGGUGGAAAAUAAAUGAGAUCAGAGGAGGGAAGAGGGCCUUGGGACACACGGUGCUGUUGUACUUUCACUUCUGGAAUAGUAUUACAUUUAGCCGUGGUACCUCAAUGUCUGCUUGUUGUUGACGACGACCAUUGUGCAAUUUAUUUCUGAAAGCUGUGAACAGCAGUAAACAAGCAUUUAAUCUAUUUCUUUUUGUGUUUUGAAUAUGAUUACAGAUUAAAUAUUUUUAAAUCCCUGUUUUCAAGCAUUUUGCUCAGCAGGUUGCCAGUUGUGUUACAGCCUGAAGGUGUCCUAAGACUACCGAUGGAAAGAUAAUGUGUUAAGAUAAGAGGUGAAAUGAUAAGUUGACUAAUCAGAGAGUUAGUUGAAAAGAAAAUGGAAAAAAGAAAACCCCUACAAUGUGUUAUUAAGCUAAAUUUGAUUUUAGGGUUGAAACUUUUGAGUCCUUUGACAUUUUGGGAGUUUUAUUCCAAUAUACGGAUACUGUCUGUCUGUCCCGCACAUGUCCUCGAUGUUCUACAUUUCUACAACACAGUGGAUUAUUGAAAAUUUAAAACUUGGCUGUAGUGAUUAAUGCAACAUCGACACAUCUAUUCAUUAUGUCUUGCAGGCUAAAGUUAAUAUAAAGUGGCCUUUUGAAGUUCAAUUGAUAGAUCAAAUCACAAGGUUGAAUUCUACUACUACCUGCCCUGGAGUAGCGGCACAGUAACAUCCUUUGGAUGAAUUCAUCCAUCACAGCAGGGUUUGUUAUGUUUGCCACAAUCGUUCCAAGUACUACUGAAUAUAAUUAUGAGCUGCUGCUGCUUUUGGCCUCCAUCACCAACGAGAGAAAGUGGUGGAUUUAUCUCUUUUCUUGAAGGGGAUUAAUGAUCAACAGAGAAUAAUGACCCAAUGCUUUGCAAAUUCGAGUCUAGCUUGUUCAGUGGCAAUAAUACUGUACUGUAGUGAGUGUAAGGAGUGUGAGUAACAGGGUUUAGUUUUGAUACCUCUGAGAGCGUUGAUGCUACAGUGGGAACAAAUUCCUGGUUUAUCUUGUUUCCUCGUGCCUCAAGCCUGGCUAGUGUUCGUGUGAGUGUUUUUUUGUUUAAAUGAUUGACUUGCCUUGUUGAACCAAGUCAUGUUAUUAGUGUUCUUUUUUUUUUGCAAUAGCCUCAAGUAAAUGUAUUUUGUUGAACUGAUAAGAAUCUGCUUUCCUUAGUCGAGAGACAAUUGUGUGGGUGACCUUCAAACUGUGUGAGUUUUGUGGUUGAUAUUUAUUCUUAAGGAAUUUAUUUUAUGUGCGGCUUUACAGUCAGUGUGUGUUUGCACCAUGUGUAAAUCUGUCAAAAGCUGUAAAUGAAUUAAAUGGAUAAUUUCA